CCAAAAAGCACACACUCUAGAUUGCUUCCUCAUCCCAUAUCGCUUUCAUUCUUGCAAGCAAUCGCACCACCUGACUACUCUCAUUCUCCUGGAAACUCUUUAAGCAAUGGCAAGCAGAGAUAGGUGGGCCGACUUCAAGCAAGAGAAGCAGGACAUGCAUGAUACCUAUGACGUUGAGAUGGGAUCGGUCAAUACGCUCACCGGAACUAGCUUGGACCAGUUUCUGCAACAAACUGAAGAGAUACAGCGCAACAUCACGCAAAUAUCCCGCAACACAGCAGAUAUGCAAGGGCUUCAUCAACGAGUGUUACUGGAGACCAACGUGCGACAACAGAAUUUUCUCACCCAACAAGUGGACAACCUUACCGACGAAACUAGCAGAUUGAUUCAGGACACUCGCCAACGAAUCCGGAACCUCUCGACCGAAUCCGCACGUUCCAACAACGAUGCAAAAGUGCAAUCCCAGCAACAAAAGUCUCUCGCCUCGCGACUCAUGUCUGUCGCGCGGGAUUUCCAAUCUGUCCAGCAGAAUGCAAAGCAGGGCUAUCGAAGUCAGAUGGCACGGCAAUACAAAAUUGCCCGCCCAGAAGCAACUUCAGCUGAAGUCGAAGAAGCUAUCGACUCAACAAACGGACCCAUUUUCCAGCAGGAAAUUCUGUCAUCACGUAUUGGGGAGCAACGAAGCGCGCUCGAGGCCGUCCAGAAUCGACAUGAAGAAUUGGUCAAGAUCGAACGCAGUAUCACAGAGCUAUUUACGCUGUUUCAGGAAAUGCAGGCACUGUUGGAUACCCAACAAGAGCAAAUCAACACUAUCGAACAGCAUGUUGAUGACACGGACACGCGCAUUGCAGACGGCUCUGCUCAAAUGACCAAGGCCAUUCGAAGCGCUAAGAGUGCGAGGAAGAUGAAGUGGAUUAUUUUCACUAUUAUUCUCAUUGUGUUGAUCGUCAUUGCGCUGGUGCUCUACUUCCAGUUAAGGCCAAAGGGUGGGAACGGAGGAGGAGAUGGAGGGAAUCAACGAAACUCCACGGCACCGGCGAGGUAAUUUUAGAUUCGUUUCACAUCUUACCAUGUGGUAGAUGAGUAAUCGACGUAGUGAGCAAAUUGCAAUGUAGUUUUCACUAUUAGUCCUGCACAGGUUUGCCCUUUUGCCCUGUGUGCCUAAACCUAUAUUUUUAAUGCAUUCUUUAGCGUUUAGUAAUGUAUGUCAUGCAAUAUUAAUGGUAAUAUAAUAAGAUAUGUGGGCGCCACAUCCAAUGAACAC